AUGGCGGCCGCGGCUCAGGCGCUGAGCGGCUCGGGGCUGCUUCUGGCCGCCGCCGCCCUCGCCCUCCUGGCCGUGGCCAUCGGCACCGACUCCUGGUACCAGACGGACGCGCGGCGGCACCGCGAGCGCUGCCGGAGCUUCGGCCACAAGCGCAGCGACCCGCCCGGCUCCAUGUCGGCGCCCAGCCCGCACCUGCCGCUCCGCGCCCGCCCCCCUCGGGCCCUGCUGCCCGGCCACCCCCCGGCCUCUGCCCCGGCCCCGGCCGCCGCCGCCCUGGACUCGCACUGCGGCCGCCGCUUCAACUCCACCGUCUCCGGGCUCUGGAGGCGCUGCCACCGCGCGGGCUACGAGCCAGACAGCGAGGAGCUCAUCCGGAAAGGAGUUAUUCAGCGCUGCACUGCUGUGAAGUACCAUUACACCUCAUCCUCUCUGCCACGCAAUUUACCCAUCAAUAUUACCAACAUAAUCCGGCAGGACGAGUGGCAUGCUCUCCAUCUGCGGAGAAUGACAGCCGGCUUCAUUGGCAUGGCAGUCUCCAUCAUCCUGUUUGGCUGGAUCAUUGGUAUGCUGGGCUGUUGUAAACAGCACGAGCUCAUGCAAUACGUGGCAGGGCUGCUCUUCCUCAUGGGAGGUACAUGCUGUAUCAUCUCACUCUGUACCUGUGUGGCUGGGAUUAAUUUUGAGUUGUCUCGCUAUCCUCGCUAUGUCUAUGGGCUGCCAGAGGAUAUCAGCCACGGCUAUGGCUGGUCCAUGUUCUGUGCCUGGGGAGGCCUGGGACUUACUCUUUUGGCUGGAUUCCUCUGCACGCUGGCCCCCUCGCUCAAUGCCUCUCGUACUGCUGUACAGAAACCCAGACAGGAAAAUGGAGCUGUGUGACCUCAAAGGGUG